GAGCAUCGGAACACGACUGUGAUACCGGACGCGCCCAGAACACAUCUCCGUUAAUCUCCGACAUUAAUAUUAACGUUUUUUAUUGUUACACUAGGCGUUUGUAGUAUUACAGUGUUCCUGUUUAUGUCUUACUUUAUUAAUUAUUAAGAAUAUUUAUUUGAUAUCUAUAACGGUACAUUUUUUAAAGUGUUAGCCAUUUGUUAUCGAUUUCUGGAACAUUCUUCACAACCUGCCGGAUUUGCUCACUUUUUUCCAUUCAUACCGGAGCUGAAAAAACGGAUUUCUCUUUAAUUUGAGAAUGAACAAAGCCCCGGCACAGAUGAGUCGCUUUAACAUCGCUCCAGACAUGGACAGCAGCAGUACAAACAGCAAUGAAUACACAAGCUACCAGGACUGUGCCUCGAAAGUCCCUCUCAAUGGGAUUCAGUAUAGUGAUGUGGAAGCAGAAAGUCAGAACUUCCUGUCAGAUCAUCACUUGGGGAAGAAGAAAUAUGAGGCUGAAUAUAGCCCUGGAUCUGCGUCAUUCGGGAUGUCAGUGUUUAAUUUGGGCAAUGCCAUCAUGGGAAGUGGAAUCCUAGGACUUUCUUAUGCCAUGGCCAACACCGGUAUCGCCAUGUUUGUGAUCCUGCUGGUGGCUGUGGCCAUUUUCUCGCUGUACUCAGUCCAUCUGCUGCUCAAAACGGCCAAUGAAGGAGGGUCUCUGGUGUACGAACAGCUGGGGUACAAAGCGUUCGGGAUUCCUGGCAAGCUGGCAGCGUCCUGUUCUAUCACUAUGCAGAACUUUGGAGCUAUGGCGAGCUACCUCUACAUUGUGAAGUACGAGCUGCCCAUCGUCAUCAAGGCCUUCUUAGACACCAAUGACAAUGCGUGGUACACUAAUGGAGAUUACCUGGUAUUGAUCGUCACUAUGAGCAUCAUCCUGCCGCUCUCGCUGCUCAAAAACCUGGGUUAUCUGGGCUACACCAGUGGUUUCUCCUUGUUGUGCAUGGUGUUCUUCCUCAUUGUGGUGAUCUACAAGAAGUUCCAGAUCCCCUGUCCACUGCCUGAAAACUUCAUUAACAUCACAGUGAACGUCUCUCAGCCGCCGCAGACCAACAACAGCACCGAUGAAGAGUGCUGCAAACCCAAAUACUUCAUCUUCAACUCACAGACUGUGUAUGCUGUGCCCAUCCUGACCUUUGCCUUUGUGUGCCAUCCGGCCAUUCUGCCCAUGUAUGAGGAGCUCAAAGAUCGCUCCAGGAGGAAGAUGCAGAAUGUUGCGAAUGUGUCGUUUCUGGGAAUGUUUAUUAUGUAUCUGCUGGCUGCGCUGUUUGGAUACCUGACCUUCAACGAGGCUGUUGAACCCGAGCUCCUGCACACAUACUCAAAGGUCUACAAUUUCGAUGUGGUGCUUCUGAUCGUGCGUUUUGCCGUCCUGACCGCCGUUACAUUAACUGUGCCUGUGGUUCUCUUCCCGAUCCGCACCUCUGUCAACCAUCUGCUGGGUGCCAGUAAGGAAUUCAGCUGGCCGCGCCACAUCUGCAUCACCGUCGCUCUGCUGGUCUGCGUCAACAUCCUCGUCAUCUUCGUUCCCACCAUCAGAGACAUCUUCGGCUUCAUCGGUGCGUCUGCUGCUGCUAUGCUGAUUUUCAUCCUACCUUCAGCUUUCUACAUCAAACUAGUGAAGAAAGAGUCCAUGAAAUCUGUCCAGAAAAUCGGGGCCACAUUGUUUCUCAUUAUGGGCUUCCUGGUGAUGACUGGCAGCAUGGCCUUGAUCAUCAUGGACUGGAUCCACAAUGCGUUAUCUUCAGAAGAACACACUGGUGGUCAUUAGUGGGCGUGUCAUGACUGUGAUUGACAGGCAGGUGGGCGGAGCCGAGCCGCUUGCGCUGCUACUGAGAUCUAGAAGAAGCUGCUCUAUUAUCAGCGCAGAGCAAAGACAAACAUCCCAUUCUGAGAGAAUGUCCUGAACUUUGUACAGUAUCCCAUUAGGCCACACAGAUGGUGAUCCACGCGUAUUUGUUUUGUUGUUGAUUUGCUUUUCUUUUUUACGUUGUUCGUCUGGUACAGCUGGUACGGGAGCGUGUGCGUCCUUCGCCGGUUUCAGGUUUAGCGUUUCGUUUUCUCAAAAACCAAAAGCGUACUGAGCGAGCGGAGCGAUCCGUUUGUACCUUUGCCAAAAACAAUACUGGUGUUUUUAUAUGUGGAAAAGCACUUACUCUUUAUUCAGCAAAUGUGAAAAACAGAACUGUCAUUUCGCACAUUUUGCCUGUGCUUUAAAUUGCAUUGGUUACGAUGCCAUUUAUACUGUAAUACUACUACUUGAGUCACCUUGACCUGUCAUGUAGAUCUACUAAUGAACAAAUAAUCAGCAGUAGUUGUUGAUUUCAGACAGGCGGAACGGCUGAAUUUCACCACAGCGAUGGCUGCUUUAAAGUCGAUGUGAGAUUAAACUCACUUUUUAUUAUCUAAUCAUGAAUGGUUUUUCAUCGCGUGUUACCUGAAACGAUACGACACAUCAAAAUAAUGUUCAUUAAUACUUUAAAACUAUCAUUUAUAGGGCUUUUCACAUAUUAAUGAUGAUGACUAUAUAAAUAUAGCAAUAUUAAAACUAUAUUCGUGUCCAGACCAGCAAGCGGGUUUUUUUUUUUUUGCAGUACCCCCUUGUAGCCAGCAGAUGUCAUCAGUGUGCUGCAUUUUAGCAAAUCUGACCAGUGAAUCCAGCUCGUGUAAUCUAUAUAUUAUAAUAAAUAUAGUGAAUUUAGCCAUCGCAGUCAGUGUAGUGAAAUAAAAACAUAAUUUCAUUAUUUCCUCCAGCAUUUACAAACACGCCAAAACUAGCACUGGGUAACUGGGGUACUUUUAUUUUUAUGCUUUAGCUUUUUUGCUAGCUGUGUAUUUCUCAUGGAAUAACCAAUUAUAUUAUAGUCAUUAUCUUAAAUAAUAUUUGAAUAGAAGGCUUAACAUCGAGCAGAGCUUCUCCACAAUGUCCCCUGUAGAUUUAAAUUGCACAAAAUCUUUAUAUUUAAUGUAUUCUGACUGGCUGUCAGGGUUUUAUGAUUUAUUAGCUGGGAAAAUUCGUCUGAAAGUAAUUAAAUUCUCCACAUCUUUAUGGUUAUAGCUGUGAUUUGUACUGCUGCUGGUUUACAUUCACACUUUAUCUUUAUUGUUUUAUUUAUAGUGAUCAUAUUUGGUGUGAACGGCCUCUUAGUCUAUUGUAGGAUCUAAAAACUUCCUUUAAUGUUUUUUAACAUUAAUACAAUGAAGGUAGCGAUAACGUUAGUGAAUAAUGAUGAUUUAAUAUUCAUCACAUUACUAAAGUCAAAUGAGCUGCUAAUGUUGUUUCACGUUGACCUGAAAUAACACAAUCACGGUUAUCGAUAGUCGAAAUGAUUGAGUCAUUGGUUAAGACUAUUGUAGAUGCAUCCUUUCUCAAAUCCUUAACAUUAAUAUAACGAAGGUUACGACAAUAAUAGCGAAUAAUGGUCAAAAUUAAACAUUUAAAGGGAUAGUUCACCCAUAAAUAAAAAUGUAAACUAUUUAUUCACCCUUAAAUGAUUCCAAACUUUUAAGAACUUCAUUCAGCUGUCAAACAAAAAGAAGAUAUUUUGAAGAAUGUUGGAAACCGGUAACCAUUAACUCGCAUAGUAGGAAAAACUAAUACUACUGGAAGUCAAUGGUUUUUCAGCAUUCUUCAAAAUAUCUUCUGUGUUCAGCAGAAGAAAGAAGCUCAUGUUAAGUAAAUGAUGACAGAAUUUCUAUUUUUGCGUGAACUGUCCCUUUAAGACACGUUGUUUUUAUGUUUACUGUGCUUAUUAUGGCCGCUUUACCUGUGUGAACGGGGAAACGGAAGUGAAAUGAGUUUAAGUUUGCGUUAACUUUAAAGCAUCUCUGUUCAAUGGUCAUUAGUUCUGCUGGUUUUAUGUUGUAAGGCGCAGAAUCCGAUGCCAAACAUCGCUGUUGAAGAGUGAUUAAUUUACCAUUUCAGUGUUUGCCAUCGGCAGCUUGAAGAUACUCCAUUAUUGAGAGACAGACAGAUAGACAGAUGAGGAGUGUGUGUCGUACACUAAUCAGCCGUUAUGAGUGUGAUGAAUGACCACACACACACACACACACACACACCUCACUGUGUGCUUCCAACAGCUCAACCUCACGUGUCAUCAACCUGUUACUCUCCAGCCGUUAUUUAUGGAAAAACAUCAGUGUAAUUUAAUCUAUUUUACUAUAUUUAUAUAUGAAUAUAUAUUGUAUAUAUGUGUAUAGACCACCGAAUGAUGAAGUGUAUAUAUGCUGUUGUUUUGGGCUUUUUAUUUCUCAAGUUUGCUCAACAUGUUUAAAAUAUGGCUUUACAUGUCCCUCAGUGUGUGUUUCGGGGGUUUUGAUCGACCCUCCACACACACACACACACACAUGAACACACUUUUACAUUACUACUAAAAUGCUGUACUUAAACCCGCGAGGAGUGAAGCUCCUCAUGUGCAAGAGGCCAUUCCUGCGAAUGAUACGCUCUUGUUUCAAUGAAACACUAUGUAUAUCAUGUAAUUAAUGUCUAUUAAAGGUUCAAGAUUACCCA